UGCAUAAACAGUUCUUGUCCACCUUUUUAACAACUAAAACUAAAAUUAAUGGUACAUUAUUUCUCGUUUUGUAAAAUCCCACAAGUCGGAUAACUGUUUUGGAAGCUUAAAAUGGACUUUAAAGUAUUAAAAACUUAAAACGAGGAUAUGCGCAUCCAUGAUGGUUGUAGUUACACUAAAAAAAGGUGCUAGCUCGAAGGGAAUUUAUUUGUUGAAUAUUUUUCUCAACUGUUAUAUGAAAAAAGAAACUAUAACUUCUAUUUUAUUUGUUAACAAAAAUAUCUGAUUACAUAGGAAAUAAUUAUGAAAGAAGGGGCAGCACUGUGAGUAGAUGACAAAGUCAGUAUUUCGCUUGCGAGUCACAUGAAACACGACAACCGAUCUAUAAUGUCAAACAGCAAAAAGCCACAAAAUUUAGCUACCAUGAAGCAAUCCACUGAAAGGUCUCAGCAGUCAGAAGUCUCGUCGAUCAAUUUGUACCUCGCUGCAAUGACAGCAAACCUUGGAGCAACAGCAGCAGGAUGUGCUUUAACAUGGUCAUCGCCAACGUUGAUAAAAUUAGUUAACGGAGGUGAUCCAAGUAUAUCUCUGGUAAUCACUAAAGAAGAAGCUACUUGGGUCGGUUCCUUAGUAACAUUAGGAGCUGCUGUUGGACCAAUACUUUCUGGAUUUAUACUGGAUAAACUGGGGCGAAAAAAUACUGUUCUAUUCAGCAUGAUUUUGUCCAUUAUGGCAUGGAUCGUAAUAGGUUUUAUUCCUAAAAUAAAUGUUUUGUGUCUGGCUAGAUUUAUAUUGGGUAUUAGUGUUGGUUUAGUUUUCACAGCCGUCCCAACUUACAUCGCCGAAAUCUCUACACCCAAUUUGAGGAGUUCGCUUGGUACACUUAUGCAAUUCUUUCUAUGUUGUGGUUUCCUAAUAGAGUACACUGUAGGACCGUACACAUCAUACCUAACAUUAGCAUUGGUAUCUUUGAUUGCACCAGUUUUAUGUUUUGCUACGUUUAUGUGGAUGCCAAAUUCUCCACAUUCAAUUUUAAAUAAGCCGGGUAGAGAAGAAGAAGCCUCAAGAGCAUUAUGUUGGUUCCGCGGGACUUCUCAGGAAUCGGCAAUAGCAAAAGAACUCCAAGAAAUAAUAUUAUCUAUAGAAGAAGCUAAAAAACAAAAAUCAGGGUUCUAUGAGUUGUUUGCCAAUAAAGGCAACAUCAAAGCUGUAAUGAUCUCUUUGACCAUGGUGGGAUUACAACAAAUGAGUGGUAUAAAUAUUGUAUUACUAUAUAGUGAAAAUAUUUUCAAAGCUGCAAAUACAAAUUUAACUGCAAGUACCUGCACUAUAAUUGUUGGCGUGGUAAUGUUAGUUACAUGUAGUUUUACACCCACGAUGGCCAAUUACAUGUCAAUGAAAAAAAUGCUUAAUAUAUCUGCUAUUGGCAUGUUUUUUUCAGAAGUUGCACUUGGAUUUUACUUUUUUUGUCCAAAAUUAGGAAUGGAUCAAUCCAGUUUACAAUGGUUACCGAUUGCUAGUUUAGUUACCUACAUCAUAGCAUUUUAUGUCGGUUAUGGACCGUUACCAUGGGCAAUUAUGGGAGAAGUAUUUCCUGCAAAUCUAAAGUCUAUUGCGACAUCCAUAACCGCGAGUGUUUGCUGGUUUUUAGGAUUUUUACUUUGUAAAAAUUUUAACACGAUGAGUGCAGUAUUCGGAAUGGAUUAUGUUUUUUGGCUUUUUGGCUCUUUUUGCAUCGUUGCUUUGAUGUUCACAGUAUUUGUAUUACCAGAUACAGAAGGCAAGACACUACAAGAAAUUCAAGACAUGCUGCAUGGAAGAACUAAACGAUCGAUCAAUGAUAAUGUUAUAGAUAAAACAGAUUGUCUCACAAGAAUUAAUUUACUGAGCCAAGCAGAGUAACGCAAGCUAUGUUAUUCGUAGUACCACAUAUAUCUGUACAUACUUCCAGGACAGAUUCUAAACCUUUCGUUAUUUUUUUUUUUUUU